AUGUCGACACAACGGACUAUCCUUAUUACCGGAGGCAAUCGAGGAAUCGGUCUCAGCCUAGCUCGCUCAUUCCAUGCUCAAGGGUUCAAGGUCAUCGUAGGUGUUCGAGAAAUCAGUAAAGCCCCUCAGCUAGACGGUGUGAUCGCUGUGAAGAUAGAUUCCGCUUCAGAAACAGAUGCUAGAGAUGCGGUUGAGGAAUUGAAAAGCAAAUAUGACAUUGAAACGCUUGAUGUUGUUAUUGCCAACGCAGGUAUGGGUAGUCACUACGCGCCAAUGAAGGAUAUCGAUUUGGCCGAAUUUCGGGAUCAUUAUCGAGUCAAUACUCAAGGACCUCUAGUCUUGUUUCAGGCAGUUUAUCCGUUAUUAAAAGAAGGCAGCAAGUUUAUAAUCAUUUCUUCUGCUCUAGGCUCAAUUGGUCUUGACCAUGAUCCCAAUGUUGGUGUCUAUGGGAGUUCAAAGGCAGCUGUCGGUUACCUGGGACGACAAAUACACUUCGAAGAGCCUCAUCUUAUAAGCUUUUUCAUCGAUCCAGGUUGGUUAGACACCGCAAUGGGACAAUAUGUCGCAGACCAAUUCGGCGUAGCGAAACCCCCAAUGAAAGUAGAAGAUAUCAUACCCCAACUGGUCAAACUUAUCAAUAACGCAACAAGAGAGAACACAUCAGGUUACUUCUGGAAAUAG